AGGACCGCGCCUGGCCGCAGAGCGCGCCGAGCCGCGUCCUCCCGGAGGGCGCCGGCGUCGCCAGCGCAGCCUCGGACGAGGAGGCGCGGCCGGUGGUGCCAGGCAGCCAGUGCAGCACGCCCGCCGCGGCGGUCGCCGCAGGGGGCGCCAGCCCCGCGCGCGGCGAGGGCGCCGGGAGCGAUGUCGUCGGCCGCGCGGAGGUGUUGGUGGAGCCCCAAGGCGACCAUCUUCACACGUCGACGACUACUUCGCGCCGGCCAGCCACUCGAGCCCGUGCGAGACGCUGGAGGACCCCGUGGCUAACGUGCUCAGAGCCCAGGAGACCUCCAUGUCCUUCACAGGCGGUCGCAGCGAGCCCGACCGGCUGGAGAAGAUAGACUUGGAGGAUGCAUGGUGAGCGCCGGUG